CACAACAUAUAUGUUCCUGUUGGCCGCAGUCGGUGCUCCCACCACCGGCUCGAGGCCGGCGACGCUGCUGGUCGACAACGGCUCGAAGCGGGCCGCGUCCACGCUCGCGCUCCGCGCGGCUGCCGAGCGGCUCUCCCUGCUCACCGGUGGUGCGGUCGAGCCCAUUUCGCUCCGCUGGUCCGACGGCGUGGCCGCCGAUGCGCUCGCCGGCAGGCCGGCCCGCACGCUGCAGUCGGCGCUGCGGCAGCUCGCCGAGGACGGUGUCGACGCCGCCGCCAUCGUGCCGCUCUUUCUUGGGCCGAGCGACGGGCUGGCCGAGGCGGUGCGCGCGGCGCGCGCCGACCCCGCCGCGCCGCGCCGCAUCGCCGCGGCGCCGUGCCUCGUCGACACGGCCGCACCCGCAGACGCGCGGGUUGGCCGCGCGCUCGCUGCGGCGGUGCUCCGGCUCGGCCGCGCGCGAGGGCUGUCCUUUCCGCUGCGAGUCGUGGUCGUCGACCACGGGUCGGCCUCGCGGGCAGUCGUGGCGGUGCGCGACCGGCUCGCCGCGACCGUCGCCGAGCUCCUCGGCCCGCGCGCAUCCGUGAUCGCCGCCUCGAUGGAGCGGCGGCCGGGCGAGCAGUACGCGUUUGCAGAGCCGUUGCUCGAGCGGGUGGUGGGAGGGGCUCCGCCGUACGACAGCGGAGACGUGGUCGUAGCGAUGGCCUUCCUGCAGCCGGGCAGGCACGCCGGGCCGGGCGGCGACGUCGAGCAGAUCCUCGACGCCGCGCGGGGCCGCUCGGCCGGCUUGCGCACGCACGUGACUCCGCUGCUCGGCGGCUCUCACCUCGUGCACGAGGUGCUGGCCGACCGCACCGCGGAGGCGCACGCGGCGCUGCGCGAACCGCACCGCGGCGACCCGGAGGCUUGAGGUGGGCAGGUGGCGGGGGUCCCAGUCUGGGGUCGGUUGUGGCGGUUGCACCCACCGUGCACCGGGACCUGUGUCCCCGGAAUUAAUAUAAUAUUUAUUGAAUUAUGAG